GGAAAAGGGCACAAGUGUUUAACAAUCUAGUUUUCACAAACAAUCUAACAUAUUAUUAAUAUUAAUAUUAAUAAUAAUAAUAAUCCAUGUAGCAAGCAAGCAAGAAAGAUCUAACUGAAAAGUAGAGAGAUCAGAGAUGAAAUAUUUGUUUGGUAGUCCAGGGAAGGUGAGUGGGCUUGUGUUGAGGAUGGGCCAGUGCUUAUUUGCUGCUGCUUCUCUUGCUCUCAUGGCUUCUGCUUCUGGCUUCACCACUGCUACUUCCUUCUGCUUUCUAAUUGCAGCAAUGGGACUGCAAGUGUUGUGGAGUUUCGGGCUUGCCUGCCUCGAUAUUCAUGCUCUAAGGUUAAAAAAAGACCUUCACAAUCACAUCGUCUUGAGCCUCCUUGUGAUCGGUGACUGGGUGACGGCGAUUCUAUCACUUGCGGCUGCUUGCUCGUCGGCUGGAGUGAUGGUUGUGUACAUGAAAGACACGGAUAUCUGCAGCAGAUCACAGGCCACAUUGUCGUGUAAUACAUUUCAAAUAUCGGUAGCUUUGGCUUUCGUCGCAUGGUUUCUUCUUGCUGUUUCGUCCUAUGUCAUGUUUUGGUUGUUGGCCACCAUUUGAUUUUGUAUGUGCAAAUUACCAGGACUGUAAAUAUCAUUUCGUUGAGUGUAAACCGUAAAACCUUCUUUAUUUACUGUAUAUUCGUAUU